GCGGACAAAACCUAGAACAACAAAAUUGAAUCCCAUCAUGCUUUGCCCUGCCCGCGGACCCGAGAGCUACCGAUGCUAGGCUAACUCUCGUUAGCUACCGGGAGCGGACAUGUUGUACCGACCCUUCCUAGAAUAAACAUCGCUGUACGCGGGAAAUCGGGAGUUAAGGGGAGGCUCGGAGCGUUGGGCAAUCAUGGAUGCCGUCAAUGCCUUUAACCACGAGUUAUUCUCAUUGAUGGACUCCAGGCCCCCAAUCUCUCGGGCAAAGAUGAUCUCCAUCACCAAAUCGGCUAUCAAAGCUAUGAAACUCUACAAACAUGUGGUCCAGAUUGUGGAAAAGUUUAUCAAAAAGUGUAAGCCUGAGUACAAGGUAGCGGGCCUGUAUGUGGUGGAUUCCAUUGUUAGGCAGUCCAGACACCAGUUUGGAUCAGACAAGGACGUGUUUGGCCCAAGGUUCACCAAAAACAUCACAGGAACUUUUGAGAACCUCUGCCUUUGCCCAGUAGAGGACAGGAGUAAGAUCGUGCGGGUGUUGAACUUGUGGCAGAAGAAUGGGGUGUUCAAGAUUGAGGUUAUUCAGCCCCUCCUGGACAUGGCAGCUGGCUCUAGCAGUGCUGCUGCACCCUACACAGGCACCGAUGAGCCAGGUUCUUCCCCACCUCCAGCCAAAGAGCCAGUUACUGAAGUAACAGCAAACUCCACCACAACAUCUGCUGCUCAGCUGCAAACCUCUGACGCCUUUGCUGCUGUGGCACAGCUCUUCCAGUCUUCACAGGGUCAGCAGCUUCAACAGAUGCUCCAGAACUUUCAGCAGCAGCCAGUGAAGCCGGACACUGACACUCUGCCUCCUGUCCAUACCAUUCAAACACAGGCCCAAAACGUCACCACUGACCUGGGCAUGGUCACUCCGCAGCCUCCCCUGCCCACCCAAUCCAACCAGCAGAAGUCAGCCUUUGACAAGAAAUUGCUGGACCGUUUUGACUAUGAUGAUGAACCAGAAGUUGGAGAAGAAACAAAGAGGGAUGAAAUCUCACAGCCCUCCUUUAUGCAGCAGCCUCCAGCCUUCCUACAGCACAUGGAUCACUUUAAACCGCAGAUGAUUAACAUGUCACAAGACCCCUCACAACAGGUUCCUCUCCCUCCUAAUGGCCAGCUCCAGGCUUAUGGUUUACCGCCAGGACAAAGCUUCCCAGUUAUGAUGCCUCCUAUGGGGCAUGCUUUGCCAGGGCAGCCCCUCCCUGGUUCUACUGGGCCUCCAGGCUUCCCAGGGCUAUACCCUGCCCACAAUGCAGCCCAGCAACAACAGGAUUUGUCAAUGGAUAUGGACCGUUCAUCUAUGAGGGAUGGCAGACAUGGUCGACGGUCACACUCAGGCUCCAGGUCUCCAAAACGGAAGAGGUCACGGUCUAAUUCCCGAACACGUCGAUCCAGGCACAGGCGGUCCCGCUCACGCUCCAGAGAGCGACGUCACCAUUCCCCACACUCUCGCUCGCAGGAGCGCAGGGAGAGGGAGAAAGACAGAGAGCGACGGCAGAAAGGCCUUCCGCCACCCAAGAGCGAGACACUGAGCAUUUGCAGUACAACUCUCUGGGUGGGCCAGUUGGACAAGAGAACCCAACAGCAAGAUGUUGCCUGUUUACUGGAGGAGUUUGGGCAGAUAGAGUCCAUCAAUAUGAUCCCUCCACGUGGCUGUGCCUAUAUUGUCAUGAUACAUCGACAAGAUGCCUUCAGGGCUCUACAGAAGCUUAGUAGAGGAACUCACAAAGUUAACCAGAAAGCCAUCAAGAUUGCUUGGGCUUUGAACAAAGGCAUAAAGGCUGAGUUUAAACAGUACUGGGAUGUGGAGCUGGGUGUCACCUACAUACCUUGGUCUAAAAUCAGAGAGGUUCAGUUGGAGGAGCUAAAAGAAGGAGGAAUACUGGAUGUAGACACCUUAUCACCAGAGUGGAGUGGAGUGAGGAAGACUCUUGACCUUCCAGAGGAACUCACCCACAACGGCCGUUCAGAGCCACAGCAGCCUGAGGAGACACAAGUAUUACCUGUGGCUGCUGCAGCUGCUCCUCCUGUGCAGGUUCCUCCAAUGCAGCAGCCAAUGGUUGGUGUGGGUUCUCUCCAGCCUCCUGUCUUUCCUGGUCCCAUAGGCAUGCCUCCGCCUUCCUUCCCCCCAGGCGUCCCCCCUCCUCCUUUCAUCAGACCUGGCUUCAACCCCAUGCAGAUGCCUCCAGGUUUUCCUCCUCUGGGUGCCAUGCCUCUAGGUCCCCCACCUCCCUCUAAAGGUGGAGUAGAAGAAUCGCCCCUGGACCCACCAGGUCUGGGAAACAGGAAAAAUGACGAGGACCUGGAUCCCAACAUCUUCAACAACCAGAUGGGACCUAUGGGUAACCAGGUAGGUGGACCUCCAGGUGGACCUCCAGGUUGUCUUCCAGGUGGUCCUCCAGGAAACAUCCAACCCCCUUCUGGUGGUCUGCUUGGCGCUCGGCCCGGUAUAAUCCCACUCCAACGUCCUCCGGUUCCCCCACACAUGCAGCGUUUCCCUCCACCUCACGGGCCACGACCCCCUCACCCCAACAUGCCACCUAUGCCCCCACAGAUGAUGCCCAGAGGGCCACACCCUCAAAUGAUGCACCAUGACCCCCCUCCACCUAAAGGAGGCUUUGGAAUGCUCCCUUCCCACAAUAUGAGGGCUCCUUUUCCUCCCCACGGGCAUGGCCCUCCUCUUCAAGGUCCUCCUCCUCCUUUUAUGAGACCAGGGGGUCCUCGUGGCCUGGAAGGGCCAGAAGAAAUGGAUGGCAGACCAUUCAGGGGAGACAGGCCUGGAUUCAGGGACCGAGAGCCAGAGAGGGACAGAGACUGGGAUCGAGACAGGGAUAGAGAGAGGGACCGAGGUUUUGGAGGUGGAAGGCGUCCAUUUGGUGAUGGAGGUAGGGGAGGAGGUGGGGAUAGAAUGGAUGGGAGGGAUAGGCUCGGAGGUUGGCAGGAAGACCGAAGUGAUCACCGGGGAGGAGGAUGGGACAGAGACCGCGAUCGGGACAGAGACCGCGAUCGGGACAGAGACAGACGAGACUGGAGGGAGAGGCGAAGCAGCCAGGAUAGCGACAGGGAGCGAGGGAGGGGUGAUGAUGGGGAGAGGGAACGAGGGAGGGGGAGGGAGGAGAAAGAGGAAGGGGAGAAGGAGGGAGUCGAGAAAGAGGGAGAGGAGCUGAAGGAAAAGAAGGGGACAGGCCAAGGCGGUCAGAACGGCGAGAGAGGACCACGCGGUGGGACAGGGAUGAUCGAUUGACCGAACUAGAAAACAUGGACAGAAUUCAGACCUCAAACAGCACUGAGCAACCUUGUUUGACUCCUUUGGUUACCAUGGAAAUGAAUAAAGAACCCAGUGUGGGAGCUUCUCAAAAGAAGGUAGAAUCUGAACCUUUAGCUCCGCCCCCAGAGGUAACUACUGCUGCAGAAGAGCCGAUGCCUUCUGACCCCUUACCUUCAGCUCAAAGUGAGCCCACAGAAACAAAACAGGAAGCAGCAUCAUAGACUGGCUCACUGCUCCUUCAGCCAGAGACUGCUGUGAACCACUGAAAGAUAAAAAUUGUGUUUUUCACUAUGAUAACCAGCCUCAACUCCUGGCAGAUGAAUUCUAACUAGUCACAGUUUGUCAGUCGGUAAUUGACAGUUUCUGGGCAGUAACACAUUUCUUGAAAAAAAAACCAUCUCCCACACAUGUUGUCAAACAUAAGAAAAUGGUUGUUUUCAGACUUUAUGGCUCAUGGUCACAUUUGGCGUUGCAUCUGUGUCUUGAAAAACACACGACCACUUGAAAAUCAGUGUGGAAAAAUGGCUGAAGUUAAAUGUUUGCUGUCAACUCUGGUUUCUCUCCUUCCCGUAAGUUAUAAGAAUGAACGGAGAGCUUGCAUGUUAACUUAGCUCUGUCCAUCUGAGGUUAAUUUGAGCUUAGCUUUUAUGUUUUUACUCAAGUUGUUUUGCAGACGGAGGAAAAAUUAUUUCUGUGACACACAAAUGUAUUUUUACUUUGUGGCAUCAUCUGUGUGAUAGCAGGCACUCCUCAACAAGGUAAAUAUCUUCAUUAUAAAAUAUUUUUUAAAAAUUGCCAAAAUGUCAUGUCAAACACUGAAUAUCUUAUAACAACUAUAUAAUGUUAGAGGCGGCAUCUAAUUUUCUCUUUUGUUUUCAUCUUGUGUUUUGGCUCAUUGCAAUAUCACAGCCAGUAAGGCAAAACUUUGAAAGGACUAUGGUGGCCUUAAAAUCCAAUCAAGUUACUUGUAGGUGUUUCAUUGGAGAAUGGCAUUGAGUUCUCCUUUGGAUUAUGUUCUCACUUCUCACCCUUUGAACCAUACUUUAUUUCAGGCAGAAUAAAGAUUGAGUAUUGUCUUCAUUCUACCAGACACUUGGUGCAGUAACUGAUUAAUCAAUGACACGUGCACAUUUACUGGCCAAUACCCAAUGUCCUUAAAAACACUCUCAAAACAUGGUUUUAUUUAAAAAGUAAGUAUUCCACUAAUACUGUAGAGACUUAUUCUCUGAAUCUAACUUGGUAGUAAUAUUUUACUGAUAACAGGAAUUACACCUAAUUCCUUGUGAAAAAAGUAACACUCAUGUUAUUCUAAUCUUAUUUAGGAAAUCAAGAAUGCUUCACAUUCUUUGAUCAUACUCUACUUAUCCAGAUUUCCCUGUAUAGCAAAGCUGUUAUCGAAAUCUUUUAAUUCUUUGUGUGUGCAUAUAAUCAUUUUGUUUGGUUACAAAAAUAUUGGACAAACACAAACCUAUUGUAGGGGCUCAAAACCAAGGACUUAAACUUUAACGUUGGCUUAAUCAAAUUUCUUUUGCAGUCAAUAUGACUGAUGGGCCAAGAGGCAUUUUAGUUAACAUAACAUGCACAAAAAUUUUAGAACGAAACAAAAGGUACGUCCAGGUCUAUCUAUCUUGGAAUCUUUAGGAAGUAAAGAAAUUUGAUGAAGUUAUCUAAGUGGGCUUUGUUUCAGAAGGUUGUGUGUUCUAGACAUAGAGGUAUUGGUAUGCAUAAAUAAAGAUGAGUCCAUCCAUUUGCAAAGAAAUUUGACUUGUACCCAGAUCAGAAAGAGCUGUUCAAAAACUGCACGGGGAAAAAACAAGACAUUUCAGUGGAUUUUCAUCUUGGUUUCCGUUAAAUGUGUUGACAGUCAAUUUUUCAAAACUAACAUCUUCAUCAAAAGUUAAGUGGAAUUAAAACUCUAUUGGAAAUUCUAGGACUUCGUUUUAAAAAAAAAAAGCUGUCUAAAUUUCACACCUUUACCUAAAUGUGUAUAUUUUUAUUUUUCAGUUAGAUAAAGAAAGUAGAAUCUUUUGUAGAUCCAACAGAGGAAUAUCCAACACAAGUUGAUUUUAAAAGUAUUGUACUCCACAAAAAAUGUGCAACUAUUCCGGUGCCACCUUGUAUUAUUGAGCAUUGUGUAUAAACACAUGUUAGCAGGCAGACUCCAUAAUCUUUAUGCUUAUGGUUUUCUUUUUCCCAUGUGCAUGGAAGGAAGGGGGCAAUCUCUUAGAUCAGACAAAAGCUUUUCUGUUUGUCUGUCAGUCAAACUCAGAUAUAAAUAAGUUUUGGCCACAUGAAAAUACAAAAUGUAACCCUGUAGCUGAAUUCUUUUUUUGUCUUUGAUAAACACAGCUUUCAAACUUAGUGUCCGUUUCACAUUGAUUAAGUUGCUAACAUUUGAAGCCCAGAUUCUGCAAGCCCAACUCUUGUUCUUGUAUGAUUUUAACACAGAGGCACAGAGGGUAAAACUAAACUAAAGUGUUGCUUGGGACACUGCUGUAAAUAUGCUUGUAUCACUGACGAUUCAAAGGUGUAAUGGUAAUUGUUUAUGAUCUGUGAUUCGUUUAUCCAAGAGAAACAAAUUGAGUUGGAAGGAACAACGGAGGCCCUUUGCUUUAACGUUUUUUUUAAACUCCUAAUGGUUUGAAAGUUAACAGAUGUUUCUAUGAUUUGUUAAAAAUACAAAGACAUGGACAUAAAAUCUUCAAUAUUUCAGCCAUAGGAAAUUGUUUUUAAUAAACUAUUUUUGUACCAAA